GCUGCCAGGAUGGGCCAGCGCCCUGGGGGCGCGGCCGUGAGGAGGAGGCGCGAGCCCCACGGGGCCCCGCUGACACAGCCUCCACUCGGGUCCGCGUAGUUCAUCCCGAGUGCGGAGUGCGGAGUGCGGAGGCGGGCCGGGGGCUCGGGCGCCGCGUCUGGGUUCAGGAUGGGACAGAGCUGCGAAGCGGCGCUCCCCUCCCCCCAGCCUCCGGCUUCCCCGGCGGCGGCCGCCGCCUCAUGUUUCCGGAGGGGCCGAAGGGCGGAAGGGGCGUCACGUGCGCGCGGCCCGGGGUCCGGUUGGUCCGCCCGCAGGGGAGGGGCCGCGCGCUACCCGGGCGGGGGCUGGGCUCGGGCCGGGGUCGGCGGCUCCGGAGAGCCCGGACGCGAAAGCCGGCAGUGGGGUUCCCCGGCGACGGCGCGGAGCCGGCUCUGCCCGCGCGGUGGCUCGGGGUGCGCGCCAGGGCGUCUCACGGAUCCCGGGUACUCGGCCCUCGAGGCGAAGCGCCCGCGGGGUCCGCGGCGCGGGCGGUGCCCGGCCAGCCAUGAGCUCUCCGCCGCCCGCCCGCAAGGGCUUUUACCGCCAGGAGGUGACCAAGACGGCCUGGGAGGUGCGCGCCGUGUACCAGGACCUGCAGCCCGUAGGCUCGGGCGCCUAUGGCGCCGUGUGCUCGGCGGUGGACAGCCGCACGGGCGCCAAGGUGGCCAUAAAGAAGCUGUACCGGCCCUUCCAGUCCGAGCUGUUCGCCAAGCGCGCCUACCGCGAGCUGCGCCUGCUCAAGCACAUGCGCCAUGAGAACGUAAUUGGGCUGCUGGAUGUGUUCACACCCAAUGAGACCCUGGAUGAUUUCACAGACUUUUACCUGGUGAUGCCGUUCAUGGGCACCGACCUGGGGAAGCUCAUGAAGCACGAGAAGCUGAGUGAGGACCGAAUCCAGUUCCUCGUCUACCAGAUGCUCAAGGGGCUGAAGUACAUCCAUGCUGCUGGCGUCAUCCACAGGGACCUGAAGCCCAGCAACCUGGCCGUGAACGAGGACUGUGAGCUCAAGAUCCUGGACUUCGGCCUGGCCCGGCAGGCAGAUAGCGAGAUGACUGGAUACGUGGUGACCCGGUGGUACCGGGCGCCUGAGGUCAUCUUGAAUUGGAUGCACUACACACAGACGGUGGACAUCUGGUCAGUGGGCUGCAUCAUGGCUGAGAUGAUCACAGGGAAGACGCUCUUCAAAGGCAGUGACCACCUGGACCAGCUGAAGGAGAUCAUGAAGGUGACGGGGACGCCUCCCGCCGAGUUUGUGCAGAGGCUGCAGAGUGCCGAGGCUCAGAACUACAUGAAGGGCCUCCCCGAGCUAGAGAAAAAGGAUUUUGCCGCCAUCCUGACCAACGCGAGCCCUCUGGCCGUGAACCUCCUGGAGAAGAUGCUGGUGCUGGAUGCGGAGCGGCGGGUGACGGCGGCCAAGGCGCUGACCCACCCCUACUUCGAGUCGCUGCACGACACGGAGGAUGAGCCCAAAGCCCAAAAGUACGAUGAAUCCUUUGAUGACGUGGACCGCACGCUGGAAGAGUGGAAGCGUGUCACAUAUAGAGAGGUGCUCAGCUUCAAGCCUCCCCGACAGCUGGGGGCCAAGGUCUCCAAGGAGACGGCCCUGUGAAUACCCCUGGGCCCUGGGCCUGGAGGGGAGAUCCUGUCUGCCACUGGGACCUUGGCCGGGGCUUGCAUCCCAGGAGUCCCCUCGUUCCAUGGAGCCUCUUCUGGAAGCCUGUUCCCCUGCUCUCAGAGCCCACCUCAGCCUAACCUUGGAGGAGCACCUGGACUUUCUGGACAGGACGCCCACCUGACCUGGGGGCUGGGCUCUGACCCCUUGAGCAGUGGUCCCCUCCCCCAGGGUGCAGCAGAAGCCUCAGAACCUGUGGGGUGGGAUGGGGUUUGGGGUCAAAGCCUAGUCUCUGACCCUGCCUGCUCUGGACUGUGCUGAAAAGGAAGGACGGGAGGGUGCAGAGCGCUGACUCAGGGACCUGUCUCCUGGGGUCGUUGGUGUGGACGCUCCUGCACCACCCCCCUUAGAUGUACAUGGCCACGUGGUGUGGCCACACGUCUGGAGGAAAUAAACCCUUUUGUAGCUCC